GUUUUUCAAUUGCCGAACCUUACCCAUGCAAUUCUUUUUCUUUCUAGGAAUGGAUCAUGGAGCAGUGGGAGAAGAAUUAUUACAUUACUUCUAUUGCUGGAGUUACUAAUGGGAGCUCUCUUGUGGUGAUGUCAAAAGGCACACAGUAUACACAACAAUCAUACAAAGUAAGCGAGUCUUUCCCCUUCAAAUGGAUAAACAAGAAGUGGAGAGAAGGUUUUCACGUGACUUCAAUGGCAACUGCUGGAAGUCGUUGGGGUGUUGUUAUGUCACGGAAUGCGGGAUUCAGUGAUCAGGUUGUUGAACUUGAUUUUCUCUAUCCUAGCGAAGGAAUCCAUAGACGAUGGGAUAAUGGUUACAGGAUCACAGCAACUGCUGCUACAUGGGAUCAAUCUGCUCUUAUAUUAAGCAAACCGAGACGAAGGCCUGCUGACGAAACUCAGGAAACUCUUAGGACAUCUCAAUUUCCAAGCACACAUGUUAAGGAAAAAUGGUCAAAAAACCUUUACCUUGCUUGUUUGUGCUAUGGACGUACAGUAUGCUGAUUCCCUUUACAAAUGAGGGAGGGUAUUUUGUAGACUACAAAAUUAUAUAUUUUCUAUUUUGCCCAAAUUAAUGUAUAAGUUUGUUUGUAAGGCUAGUUGUGCAAGCAGAGAAUUGUUGUAUGUUUUGUUUAUUAUAGUGUUUGCUAUCCGCACCCCUUUGUCUACGGGUGGUGGAUGUGGUAGAUAGUAAAUGUAUACUUCAUCUUGUAUUUUGCCUCCAAGUAAAUGUAGGUCUUAUUUUUCAAUUGUUUACUAUGUUACAAGUGUAAUAGUAUAAGAUAUAAAAGAAUAUUGAUUUGUAUCGA